AUGACCGAAGUUAAAGAAGAAAUAGACCUAGAGAUACAAGUAGAGACGAUGCAGACCAAUCACAGCCGCAACUCUACCCUGAAAGUGAUCACUUUGGUGACGCUAACUCUUCAAAAUGCCAUGGUUGCGCUCAGCAUGCGCUAUGCACGGACCAGGCCUGGAGACAUGUUCAUAUCAUCUACCGCAGUCGUCAUGGCCGAAGUUGUAAAACUCUCUGUUUGUCUGGUACUAGUAUAUCGAAUAGAGUCUCUGUCGUGGAAACAUUUUAUAUCGAUAUUGAAUAAUACAAUCAUUAAACAACCGAUGGACACUCUGAAAGUUUGUAUACCAUCUUUAGUAUAUCUGAUACAAAACAAUUUACUGUAUAUCUCCACUUCAAAUUUAGAUGCAGCUACUUAUCAAGUCACAUAUCAACUUAAAAUAUUUACGACAGCCGUGUUUUCUGUGUUGAUACUGAAACGUAAACUAUUGCGACAUCAAUGGAUUGCAUUAGUAAUUUUGAUUUUAGGUGUCAUUCUUGUUCAGCUAAAUAAUUCAACUGACAAAUCUCAAAAAACUUACCCUGAUCAAAAUCGAAUAGUCGGAUUAGUUGCUGCUCUCAUUGCUUGUUGCUUGUCUGGAUUUGCUGGGGUUUAUUUCGAAAAAAUACUGAAAGGAGCUGAAAUAUCAAUAUGGAUGCGCAAUAUUCAAUUGAGUUUUGUUUCUAUUCCGAUAGGUUUUAUCGUGUGUUUUGUUACAGACUGGAAUAAAAUCAACGAAAAAGGCUUUUUUUUUGGUUAUGACCUUUACAUAGCCUAUUUGAUAAGCUUACAAGCAGCUGGGGGACUUAUUGUAGCAAUGGUUGUAAAAUAUGCUGAUAAUAUAUUAAAAGGUUUUGCUACUUCUUUAGCAAUUGUUGUAGCCUGUGUUUUCUCAAUGUAUUUCUUUGAUUUUACAAUAAGUAUUCAGUUUGUUGUAGGCACAAUGCUUGUAAUGUGUUCGAUAUUUUUGUAUAGUUAUACCAAGCAAAAAAAAUUACCAAACCUAAAUACCACACAAAGAGCAUAA